AAAACUACAAGGGCCAAAAGUUCAAUUAAGAGCCAGAUACAUUGUUUUUCCAAGAAGGUUUGAUCGCUCAUUUUUAUUUCAUAGGCGGCGAUUCCUUCAAGCUUCAAAUCGGUGGACUGUCUUCGAUUCUGCAGCCUCACGGUUCUUCUAAUCACGGUGUAAGAAGGUCUAAACAAGUGUCAUAUCUAUGAGUCUUCUUUCCUACUGAAAACAACCAAAACCAUGAAAUCUUUAGCACUUCUUAGGUCAAUUCGCAUGCGCCUUAUAGGGCCUUUACAAAUCCGUUCUUUUCAACCCGAUUUUAUCCCUGCAGACCCUAAAUCCAAACCCAAAAGGUACAAACUACCUGCAUCAUAUGACCCAUAUGGCCCUAGACCUCCACCUUCUGACAAAAUCAUCCAACUUGCUGAAAAAAUUGCAGCCCUACCCCCUGAAGAGCGUAUGCAAAUAGGUCCUACACUUAGAGAGAGACUAAGGCAUCCUAAAAUGCAGUCGAUUUCAGUUGAAGGGGUGGAUUUGGGUGCCCGAGGUGGGGCAGGAGGUGGGGCAGGUAAGGUUGAAGAGAAAGUUGAGAAAACAGCAUUUGAUAUAAAGUUGGAGAAAUUUGAUGCAGCUUCUAAAAUUAAGGUGAUUAAAGAGGUUCGUGCUUUUACAAGUCUUGGAUUGAAAGAAGCUAAAGAUAUGGUUGAAAAAGUUCCUGUUGUGAUUAAACAAGGUGUUACUAAAGAAGAGGCGAAUGAGAUCAUAGAGAAGAUUAAAGCUGUUGGAGGUGUUGCUGUUAUGGAGUGAUGUUUCUUUUACUUUAGGGUUUCUUGAUUGUAGGAAGAUUUUUGAGUGAAGUACUUUGAUCAAAAGAUUGUUUGCUAGAUUUGGUUUUGGUUAAAAAGUUGGAUGUAGGAUUUACAUGAAAACAAGAUUUGUCCUUUAAUAAUAUUUGUAACUUUUACCCUUUUCUUAUCUUCUGGAUUUAUGAACUA